CGGGGGCCGGAGGUGGAGGCUUGAACUUUCCAGCGGAGUUGCGGCGGCCGCGCGUCCCCGGCGCGGAGCUGGAGCCUUGGCCCGCGCCCGCCUGCAGCCAUGGUGCCCGCGGCGCCCGGCGCGGCGCUCACCCUGUGCGUGUGGCUGGCGGCCUCGGCGGGCUCCCUGGCGGCCGGGCCCGGCGCGGCGGCGGCGGCGGCGCGGCGGCUGGACGAGGCGCUGGCGGCCGGGAGCGUCCAGCGCGCCCGCUGCGCCUCCAGGUGCCUCAGCCUGCAGAUCACGCGCAUCUCCGCCUUCUUCCAGCACUUCCAGAACAACGGUUCCCUGGUUUGGUGCCAGAAUCACAAGCAAUGUUCUAAGUGCCUGGAGCCCUGCAAGGAAUCCGGGAGGCUGCGCGAGCACCACUGCCAGCACUUCUGUGAGCCUCUGUUCCCCAAAAAGAACUACGAAUGCCUGACCAGCUGUGAGUUCCUCAAGUACAUCCUGUCCGUGAAGCAGGGAGAUUGUCCGGCGCCCGAGAAAGCUAGUGGCUUUGCCGCCGCCUGCGUGGAAAGUUGUGAGGUGGACCACGAGUGCUCCGGGGUCAAGAAGUGUUGUUCCAACGGGUGCGGGCACACCUGUCAGGUGCCCAAGACGCUGUACAAAGGUGUUCCCCUGAAGCCCAGAAAAGAGUUACGAUUCACAGAACUGCAGUCUGGACAGCUGGAGAUUAAGUGGUCCUCCAAGUUCAAUAUUUCUAUCGAGCCUGUGAUCUAUGUGGUGCAGAGAAGGUGGAAUUUUGGAAUCCAUCCCAGCGAAGAUGAUGCCACCCAUUGGCAGACAGUGGGCCAGACCACAGAUGAGCGGGUCCAGCUGACUGACAUACGACCCAGCAGAUGGUACCAGUUCCGAGUGGCGGCUGUCAACGUGCACGGGACCCGAGGCUUCACUGCCCCCAGCAAGCACUUCCGCUCCUCCAAAGAUCCCUCUGCACCACCAGCCCCAGCCAACCUCCGGCUGGCGAACUCCACCGUGAACGGAGAUGGGAGCGUGACCGUGACAGUCGUGUGGGACCUUCCUGAGGAACUGGACAUCCCCGUGCACCACUACAAGGUGUUCUGGAGCUGGGUGGCCAGCAGCAAGGCCCUGGUCCCAACGAGAAAGAAGCGGAGGAAGACGACGGACGGGGCUCAGAAUUCCGUGACCCUGGAGAGGCUGCAGGCGGACUGUGACUACAGCGUGGAGUUGCAGGCCAUCACGUACUGGGGACAGACCCGCCUCAAGAGUCCAAAGGCCGCUCUUCAUUUCACGUCCACACACACCACCCACCACAAAGAACAACUUGGGAAACCUAGAAAAAGUCUGGUGCACAUAGAGCCCCCAUUUCCAAGAAGACCGCCCACCCGCCUCCUGGAAAUCGGAGCUCCAUUCUACCAAGACGACCAGCUGCAGGUGAAGGUCUAUUGGAAAAAGACCGAAGAUCCCAGCGUCAGUCGCUACCACGUGCGCUGGUUUCCGGAAGUCUGUGCACACAACAAAACCACCAGACCGGCGACAUCGUCUGUUGUGACCCAGGAAAAUUAUCUAAUCCUUCAAGAUCUGUCCUUUUCCUGCAAAUACACGGUAACCGUCCAACCAACGCGGCCAAAGGGCCGUUUGAAGGCAGAAACCGUUUUCUUUACGACUCCGCCCUGCUCUGCCCUGAAGGGGAAAAGCCACAAACAUGUGACCUGCCCGGGCGAAGCCGGUCCUGUUCUUCCCAAGGUGCUUGCGAGGCCCGAGAACCUUUCUGCUUCAUUCAUUGUCCAAGACGUGAACAUCACAGGCCACUUUUCGUGGAAGAUGGCCAAGGCCAAUCUCUACCAGCCCGUGACUGGCUUCCAAGUGACGUGGGCCGAGGUCACGACGGAGAGCAGACAGAACAGCCUGCCGAACAGCAUCAUUUCACAGUCCCAGAUCCUGCCCUCGGAUCAUUAUCUGCUAACGGUGCCCAAUCUGAGGCCGUCCACCCUCUACCGACUGGAGGUUCAAGUGCUGAGCACGGGAGGGGAAGGGCCCGCCACCAUCAAGACCUUCCGGACCCCGGACCUCCCGCCGUCGGCGGCACACAGACCCCAUCUUAAACAUCGUCAUCCCCACCACUACAAGCCUUCUCCACAAAGAUACUAGACAGCUCCCAACGAUGUCCACACAUCGAGCGACCACAUACCCGUUGACCCUCCGAUGAUUCUGAGCGCUCAGAGGCCAUGGGUCCCCCCAGCGCAGCUCCCACCUAACGUCGUGUGCUAAGUUCUUCUAUCCAUCCCAGAGGCUUCUGGAAACAAGUGGCAAAUAGCCAGUGAGGAUGGACACUGGUUUCCUGUAAGAACGGAUAAAACAGAGACUCAGCCUAUUUAACUGCACAUUCUGUUUCCGCCUAUGGUUGCCUGAAUCUCAGUGACUGGGGAGCUGAGAUUUCCCUGCAUUUCAAGUGGCAAAUUCUGGAAGGAAGUCAGCAUAACAAAUACCCAACUCACACGCAUACUAAGCAUGAACUUCAUCAAUAAAACACUUUUAAAUUACUGAUUUGAUUGGAAAAAUCAACUAUGAUUAUACCGUUUUUAGGCCCUGAUUAUUGAAAUCUUUUGUAAGAUGAUUUUUAUCAUGUGUGAUUUUUAACAGAAAAUUUAUAAUCUGAAACAUACCGAUUAAUUUAUAUUAAAAAAACACUCCCACUUGAAGCAGCAUAAGCAUUUUGUUCAGAGGAAAACGAGAGUUCCAUUUGUAGAUUAUGUUGUACGAACGACGUCCCAAGCCGGACGCGUUUAGUGAGCUAAGCUGCUAUCCGGAGUUCGCCUUGGAGAAAUUAAAAUUCUCUUCUGGGAUAGUUCUUAAUAUUUCAUCCUGUAACAUGAGGGAUUUCCCUGAUACGUUAUUUAUGUUUUCCUUUUUUCCCUCUAAAGUGGAGAAUAGCUGCUGGGUGGUUCACCUUGUGUCUAAACAUUUACAAAACCUCUUGAAAUGAAAGAAGCCCAGCUAUUGUAUAUUUUCAAAAUAUUUACAGAGAUUUGCCCUUUUCUUAGUCAAAGUAAGCUAUUGGUAUGCUGGAAUAUUCUCAGUGAUGGUAGAAGAGCAGGGACUUUGACUGGCAGACGAGGUCAGAUCUGCCUCUGAUGACUCUCACCACUCUUUCAAAGCCAUUAUAUCUCAUUGCCUUGGAAACCUCCCGGACUGCAGAUGUCCCCCUUAGAGCGUGAACUCACCUCAGAAGCCGUCAUGAGUCUGUUAUCAGUGUAUAUACUGGGGCAGCCUUUCCCCCAGAAAUGUUUAGUUUAAUGCAUUUUUUUUCUUGAGUUACUGUCCACAUACAUGCUUUGAAAUCUGCAUAUAUGUUUGUGUCCUUGUCCUUUAUAAGAGUAUGUGUGUGUGUACAGACACAUGCAUAUACAUGCGAAUCACACAGAAAUUGUUUUCACAGCUCACAAAUGGUGGAUAAAGAUGGUCUUGUAGAGAUCUGAAGGAUAAUAAUACAUCUUCCCCAACAAUGUUUAGUCUGAGGAAAGAACAAUGUGUCACAAUGAAAUAUUUUAAAGGAAAGGCUUCCUCAUUUCAUUAUCUACCCAAGUAAAAUGGGGAAACGUUCAGUCAUGUCUUGGUCGGUUUUGAUGGUGGAACCUGCUCGUUGUGGCUUUGUUGUUCCCUGGAAGUGCAGAUGCCCUGACAGUCCCGGGGAGACCUGUCCACCUGGCACCUUCAUUUCGUGAGGCUUCGCUUCAGUGUCUAAAGGCAGAAGCGAUGUAAGAUGGAGAGAAACUAUUUGUAUUACUCUGUCAAUGCAUAUCUUUAGGAAACAAAGCCUGUAACAGAUACUGAAAACUGUUCCCUGUGUAUUAAACCAUUUUGAAAGUUGGUAAUGCAGCCUAAUUUUGCAGCUUCAUGCCACGGACAGAGAGGGGAAAUCUCAAAAUACAAGUUCACGUUGCCUCUGAAUGGUUUUCUGAAGCUCCCAGCGUGGCCUGGGAUGGACUUAACCACAGUGUGUUGUGAAAUCACCUGGUUUCAAGCAUUAGAUAUUUUGAAUAGAGAGAACAGGAAACAGCUUUCAUUUAAAUCACCCCGAGCUUGAGCAAACACCACAGAGAUCUCUGAAACUAUGAUUUAUUCUAGUGUCUUUUUCAGCAUCUGAAUUUCAAAUUCCUAUAAUUUCAAAAAUGAAGUCUUGUAAUUAUCGGCUACUAGUUUAUAUUUUACCUUAAUUUGUCAUGAACAAAUUCACGUAUUUGUCCUAGCCAAUUCUUGUACUGUUGUAUAGUCUAAAAUGAAGGAGUAUAUAUACAUAGAGACAAAAUAUUAUUAAAUAUUACGUAAGUUUAAUUUUUUAAAUUUAAUUAUGUUUCUUUUGUCUGGGUAAUAGACACAGUGAAUAUAUUUUUACUUUGGAUAAAGAUUCUGAAGCUCACACGUUCCUUAAAAAAUCUAAAGCAGUUCUUAUGCGCAUCUAAUUUUGCUAUAAUAUUCAGUAUGUUAAGUUUUAUUACUAUUAUUAGAAGAAAAAUGCUAUUAGGCCAUAAAAGAAACAUGAGCGUUGAAACUCAAAUUAUGAAUUUUAGUCACCUCCAAUAAUAUUCAGAUGUGCAAAGACAAUUACAAUGCUUUGAACUUGAAAAUUAAAAUUUUGAGCAUCCUAAAUAAAGGGAUAAAAUACGUUCUUCUAAAAAACCUGGUUUUGGUGGCUGUUUCAUUAAAAUUACGUGCAUUAUUUGAGAAAAGGUAUAUUCAGUGAUAGUAUUUACUCUUUUUAAAGCUGAGCUCAUCAAAAGCAGUAAGUCAUGAAGUCCAGGCAGUUGACUCGAUUGCCCUGAGCGGUAUGCAGCCGUUCAGCGAAAAUGCUCAUGUUGUCACAGUGGACCCAUGCGAACCCCUCAGUGUGGUCUGCUCUUCCCAGGCAUUGAUCAUUCUAACUGGACAAGUUAGAGAUGAUAAAGCGAUGACAGGUAAUUUUUGAGAUGCUUAUUAAACAUAGUAGAAAGUUUCAAAAGGUGUCUAAACCCCAGAACCCAGCUCACUGCGCUGCAGAGCAGCAGCUCUCGGGCCAGCACUGUAGCCCAUGGGGCUGCUCGGGGCUCUGUGGGGCUGCAGUGUGCGCUCUGUAGGACGCGGUGCAGCAACCCUGGCCCUUAUUGUCUAGAUGCCAGAAGCAUCUCCCCCAAAUGGUGACAACCAGAAAUUCGUCAGACAUUGCCAACGCCCUCCACGUGAUAAAGUCACCCGUGGUUGCGGGUCACUGCCUUGUGGGGUGAUGUUUAUGAAUGGAUGAGAAUUUGCCCCAUAUGAGGAACCGACAACAUGGCAGGGGGGAGCUCUGGGAACCUAGGAACAGCCAGGAAGGUAGAAGAUUUGGUUCAGAGCCCUAAAUUAUGUCUUUCCUGUCUGCUGAGAAACCUAAUCAAAAGACUGAAUUCUAACUUGUGUCUGUAUCAUGGAAGUAUGAAUACUAAUUUUGUUCUGCAUACGAGACAUCAUUGGUGAUGUGACUUAUUUAUUUAACACCCUUUAUUACACCGUGUGCCAUGUAUUUCCUCAAGUUUAUUCACUCCCAUGAUUGCAAAUAUUACUAAAUCUAGUUACACAAACUUUGGCAUUAGAACCAGAACACAAAAGCUGAGUAUCUGUUGCAUGUACUUUAAAAUACAUUUAAAAUAUAAAUAAAUGCAUACAAGUGGGGACUCUUCUCUAUGAUUUUGCAUGGCCAGACUCAGUUUCUUACCUCUACUGAAUAUUUUAGCAAGCUAUACGAUUUGCAGCGUGAUUAACAGAGAUCUGUAUGUUAACUUAAUAUUUACUUAAUUACUUUAUAAUGUGCAGAUAACAGAAUGCCUACCUUCUCAUCCGAAUGCUCUGUAGACAUCAUGUCCCUUACAGUGGUCAUUUAAAGUCACUAUUUAUUUAUGUUUGUAAUAAAAACUGUUUGAUUUUUGUGUGUCAUGUUAUUUAGAGAGAAGUAAUCCUGUAAAAAACAUUUGUAAAAACAAAAAAGUAUUGUAAAUAGUCUGAUAUUUGGUGACUCAUUAUUUUCAUGGUAGAAUUUGUACAUACUGAUUCAGUAAUAAAGUACCCUUAAACCUG